AUGGGGCUUGUGUUACUAUCACUUUGUAUCAAUACUUCCCAGCACGCAGGUCAGUUUGAUGACAUAAUUUGAGACAAAGGAAGUGCAGGAGCUCAUUGUGAGAGAAGCAGAGACUUUCAAAGUUACUGUGUAAAAUGCAGAUCCGUGGGCAGCGCUCAGCAGCCGCUCCCCUGACGGGGAAGAGAGCUGACACCAGAAGGAGGCCCAGGCAACCCCACAUCCUGGAAAGUGGCUACGGACAAUAGGAGGAAACAACUCAUGUCCUAGCACCGCUUCCUCCAUCAGGUUAUGUGACUUGUUGGACGCAUAUGAGCUGAAAGGAGGAAGAGUCACCAGGACAAUCGCUCCACAGCACAUGGGGUGUUUGGAGAGGGGCUAAAGCACUGGAGCUGCGCAGCAAAUACUCCCCAGCAGAGCCGUCUCUCAGGACAGAGACACUAUGUCGAGGCUCUGGAUUAUGGUUCUUGUUCUGCUGUGGAUUCCAGUCAUGGCCAUUGCACAGCUCCCAGGCAAUGCCCAGUGUCCUGUGAACUGCUCCUGCUUCUUCUCCCAGUGGUUUGUCCGGUGCUCCAAUGCCAGCUUAUCCUCUCUUCCCCCUGGCAUCACCAAUGCCACCGUGGAGCUCGACCUGCAGCACAACCAGUUCAGCACCCUCUCAGCAGGCUUCUUCCCAGAACUGGCUGAGAUCAACAUCAUUUACCUCGGCAGCAGUGGCAUCCAUCAGAUUGAGCCGGGGGCUUUUCAGGGGGUCAAGAAUCUCUACCAUCUCCACCUGGACAACAACCUCCUGGAGCAGGUCCCAGAGGGUGUCUUUGAGAAUCUGACAAAUCUGAUCUUCCUGUACCUGGAGCACAACCAGAUUGCUCACCUCCUGCCAGGUGGGUUCUCUUCUCUGAAGCAACUCAGUGCCCUGGACCUGAGUAACAACCUGCUGCUGGAGCUCUCUGACCAAGCCCUUCACGGCCUCCCGCGGCUGCGUCGGCUCUACCUGAGUGCGAACCGUAUUACCAAUGUGUCCAGCAAAGCCCUCCCAGGCAGCCUGCGGACCCUCAGCCUAGACAGGAACCAGCUGACGAGCGUGCCCGCAGCCAUCCGCACCUCUCCCAUGCUCUCCACUCUACAGCUGAGUGGUAACCCCAUCCGGAAGCUGACGUCUCUCUCCUUUGGGAGGAGGCUUCGCUCCCUAAGGCAGCUGUUCCUGGACAGCCUGGCCCUGGAGCAGAUCACCAACUUGGCUUUCACCAGGCUCCGCUGGCUGGAGCUGCUGAGCCUGAGGAACAACAGCCUGGAGUCGCUCCCGCCUCUGUCCUCCCUAAAGUCGCUCUCCACUCUGUAUCUGACUGGGAACAAGUGGCGCUGUGACUGCAACCUGAUCUGGCUCCGCACCUGGCAGAAGAAGGUGGUCCGGAAAGAACGCAGCCCCGUGGAGUGCAGCUCCCCAGGGGUGCUACAGGGACAGCUCCUGGUGGACAUAGAGUUACAGAAGCUGACUUGCCCACCUUUUGGGACGGACUCCACCACCCUCAGCCCCUCUGAGAACACGAAUACACCCACGGCCAUUGCUCCACCCAGAGACAUACCUCUCCCAGGGGCUGCUACCACAGCUACCACCACGACCUCCACCGCCCUGAUCACCACAAAGAGGCUCCCCAGCUCCACCACCCACUCAGCUACCUCCCUUCACCGUGUGCUGGAGAGGUGGGACCCAUGCUUGGCCGACUACAUCAGCAGCGUCCACAUCAGGACAAAGGGCAACACCUCCCUGGUGGUUUCCUGGGCUUUCUCCGGUGACCAUGACCAAUUUGAGGUGCGGUACACGGCUGGCCGGGAUGAGCAGGUGCUGUGGGUGGUGGGAGGGUUGGCUGAGGUGACGCUCCACGAUCUCCACACAGGGACUGAGUACAGAGUCUGCGUCAUCCCCCAGAAUGAGAAUCUGCUGGCGUGCCAGGCCCCUGCCGCCCGGCAGUGCAAAGCAGAGCGCACUGCUGGCCUUCCUAGUGACACUCAGCCUGUGCACGCCCCGCUCGGCCACAGCCACUUGGCCGUGGGUUUUGGCGUUGCUGUUGCUCUCCUAGCACUCGCAGCACUGGCCCUGGCUGUCACCUACAGGCUGCGGACGCGGCCGAUCCAAUUCCAGCGCUACUAUGAUGAAGACGAGUCACCCCUUCAUCGCAGGAGCAGCAACCAAGCCAAGAUGACCACGGGCCCAGUUGAUGAAAGCAUGGAGGAUGAGGACUGGCACAGUAAUGGGACAGCUGCCAGCCAGUGCCCAGAGGAGAAAGUAGACUGCACCGUGUCUGCCCCACCCAGGCUCACACUCACAUCCACACCCACGUAUGUGACUCUGUGAUUCUAACUGCUCCCUGGCAUCCUAUGGCUGAGCAGGAAGUGCCCCAUGGGGUCUGCCACUCACCCAGGGACCGGACACCAUAGAGCCCCGAGGAGUAAACCAGACAGUUCUGUAACUGCCCCUUGUGACUGACAUGGACAAUAAAAUGCAGCCCUAGAAAGCUGAGAUGGGAAAAACCUGUAGCUUAGGGCCCCUGUUGUCCAUCCCGGUCCAUGCCCCCUCCAGCCAGUGCAGGGUUGUUCCCUACAGAGAAUCCCCAGGGAGGGUCGUGCACAGCCUCAUGCCUCACAUGAAUAGUUUUGAAGUGCUGGCUCUCCAUUGGGGUACCUAUGUGAUUCACAAAGCCUUUCCCAGCCAGGGGUGAUGUAAAAAGGCAGGGUUGGUGACUGGUUUCCACUUGACAGGCAACCUCUACAUGGCUGAGGGGUGGCUAUUUAUAGCAAAGCUGGACUGGAAAUCACAGGAGAACAGGCUUUUGGAAUUAAUCCCCCCUGGCCCUGAUUAUUUACAGCUUCUGCCACCCUCCACCCAAAAUAGCAGCUGUCUUUCUCUCUCGCUGUUUUGGCAUGUAGUUUUUGCACCCGUGGGGAUGGGGUGUGUGUGUGGAGUGGAUGUAAGAAGGACCCAGAGAAGGGGAAAGGCAGAAAUGAUGUUUGCAGCUCAAGUUUGACCAGAGCAGAGGCCCAGUGCAGGCCAGGGGGGAGCUGCAGGAGUGGAGAAGGAAUUUGCACCAGUCCUGCCUAGCCUGUGUGAAAGGCUGGGGAGCCGGGUGCUACAUGAUGGGGGGGGAGCAAGGAAGGAAUUGUGUUUCUGGGGCAGUACAGGGUUCAGGUCUGUCGGAGCGUCUAGAAACCUGACAUCAUGGAGGAUGUGAAUUCCAAGCCCAACAAGCCGUUCAAAGCUAACAGGCGCUGUCCUUUGCUGGUAGCAUUUAACCUUCCCACCCACCCACCCCCGCUGCUGUCUUGGUGCAAGUUUUUGAAUGUUCUGUUUUGUCCAAAACAAAGGUGGGGGUGGGGAGGCUUCCCAGCUAAAACAAAAAAAUCUUAUUUUCCAUUCUGUGCUUUGAAGGGUGCCCAUUACCUGGGGCAAAGGUGCGUGUUCCCCAAGACCUCUCUCUCCCUCAGCAUGAGUGCCUUCUUUCAACCAAGGCAUCUUCCUAAAACUGUUGGAGGGGGUUGCAGGACACUGGAAAAUACUGACCUUGCUCUGCUCUCCUCUCUGCCAGGGCUGUCUGCACCCCCCCUUCCCCACCACUGGGCAUUGGCCUGGCCCACACAUUUCAUUCUCACUCUGGAACAGCAUUUGAGCCUCUUCCGGACUCCAUGCCACUUCUGAUUGCAUUGGACUUGCCCCUGCCCAUGAGGAGUAGGAGACUGUGGAAUAAUCUCCCAAGACAAGUGGCAAAGGCCUUUAUAGCACAUUCCAUUUCCAACGCACCUAAGCAACAUUCUUCCUUCCUUCCUCCCACUCACCUGCUCGCGUCACUAACCCUUUGACAAACAGGGAAAUGAGGCAGACGGUGAGUGGAUUGCUCAGUGCCACAAAGCAUUUGGGCAUAGCGCUCUGAAACUGUGUGGGGCAGACAGACAUCAGGUUAUUUCAGCUUUACUCUCUAUAAACAAACAGGACAAAGCCCUCAGCAUUUAUCUUCCCUUUGUCUACAUGCAAAGUCCUGGUCUUUGGCUCCUGGAGAGCACUGUGGCCUAAAUGGUGCACCUCUGUGGCACACUCUGUUUGCUGGACUAAUAAAGCACACGGUAAAACCGU